CCUCUGACGGCCCCAGCCGGGGAAUUUCAAUUUGAAACCUAGCGGAGGGAGGAGGCAGGCGCGGCUGCUGGCGGCUGGGACUGAAGAGGGACGGGUCCCCGCGGCGAGCAAGCUCCUGAGGUGCGGCGUCGGGCAUAAGCUGUGGCCAUGACUACUGAAGUAGGCUCUGCAUCUGAAGUGAAGAAGGACUCUAGCCAGUUAGGAACAGAUGCAACCAAGGAAAAACCUAAAGAAGUAGCAGAAAAUCAGCAGAAUCAGUCUUCCGAUCCAGAGGAGGAAAAAGGUUCCCAGCCAUCUCCUGCAGCUGAAAGCCAAAGUAGUCUACGCCGCCGGAAGAGAGAGAAGGAAACAUCUGAGAGCAGGGGUAUUUCUCGGUUCAUACCGCCAUGGCUUAAGAAGCAAAAGUCAUAUACCUUAGUAGUGGCCAAAGAUGGAGGAGAUAAAAAAGAGCCCACCCAAGCUGUUGUUGAAGAACAGGUCUUAGAUAAAGAGGAACCCGUUCCGGAAGAACAGAGACAGGCUAAGGGUGAUGCUGAAGAAAUGGCUCAGAAGAAACAAGAGAUUAAAGUUGAAGUCAAGGAAGAAAAACCCUCAGUGAGCAAAGUGGAGACGCAGCCUACUGAAUUAGUAAGUAAGGAGAGAGAAGAGAAGGUAAAAGAAACACAGGAAGACAAAUUAGAAGGAGGAGCAGCAAAAAGGGAGACCAAGGAAGUGCAGACCAAUGAGCUGAAAGCAGAGAAGGCAUCUCAAAAAGUCGCCAAGAAGACCAAAACUGUCCAGUGUAAAGUGACCCUCUUAGAUGGCACCGAAUACAGCUGUGACCUGGAGAAACAUGCCAAGGGACAAGUGUUAUUUGACAAAGUGUGUGAACACCUCAAUCUCUUGGAGAAAGACUACUUUGGACUUUUGUUUCAGGAAAGCCCUGAGCAGAAAAACUGGCUAGAUCCUGCUAAAGAAAUAAAGAGACAACUGAGAAACCUUCCCUGGCUAUUCGCUUUUAAUGUGAAGUUUUAUCCUCCUGAUCCUUCUCAAUUGACUGAAGAUAUCACCAGAUACUUCUUGUGCCUUCAGCUCCGGCAGGACAUUGCCUCUGGCCGCCUGCCCUGCUCUUUUGUGACUCAUGCUCUCCUGGGAUCCUACACCCUGCAGGCUGAACUUGGUGACUAUGACCCAGAAGAACAUGGCAGCAUCGACCUCAGUGAAUUCCAGUUUGCCCCUACUCAGACUAAGGAGCUGGAAGAGAAGGUGGCAGAGCUGCACAAAACCCACAGGGGCUUAUCUCCAGCACAAGCUGAUUCCCAGUUCUUAGAAAACGCAAAGAGGCUUUCCAUGUACGGUGUUGACCUACAUCAUGCCAAGGACUCAGAAGGUGUGGACAUCAAGCUGGGCGUAUGUGCUAAUGGACUUCUCAUUUACAAAGACAGACUGCGAAUCAAUCGUUUUGCUUGGCCGAAAAUCUUAAAAAUUUCCUAUAAACGCAGUAACUUCUACAUUAAAGUCAGACCAGCAGAGCUGGAACAGUUUGAGAGUACCAUUGGAUUCAAACUGCCAAACCACCGGGCAGCGAAAAGACUAUGGAAAGUGUGCGUGGAACAUCAUACUUUCUACAGGCUUGUUUCUCCAGAGCAGCCACCAAAAGCCAAGUUCCUGACCCUGGGGUCCAAAUUUCGCUAUAGUGGCCGCACCCAAGCACAGACCCGCCAGGCCAGCACCCUCAUAGAUAGGCCAGCACCACAGUUUGAGCGCACUUCUAGUAAACGGGUCUCCAGGAGUCUAGAUGGAGCUCCGAUUGGUGACGUGGACCAAAGUCUUAUGAAAGAUUUUCCUGGCACUGCUGGGGAGAUUUCAGCCUAUGGCCCUGGAGUUGUCAGCAUUGCCGUGGUACAAGGUGGGGACGGCAGGAGGGAAGUGACAAGCCCAACUAAAGCCCCACAUUUGCAACUCAUUGAAGGAAAGGAACUGGAUAAAGCCCAGGAGGACAUACUGAAACAUCAGGCUAGCAUUAGUGAACUCAAGCGCAAUUUUAUGGAAUCCACACCUGAGCCGCGCCCUAAUGAAUGGGAAAAACGACGUAUCACACCUCUGUCCCUACAGACACAAGGGAGUUCACAUGAGACUCUGAAUAUAGUGGAGGAGAAGAAGCGGGCAGAGGUUGGGAAAGACGAAAGAGUAAUCACAGAAGAAAUGAAUGGUAAAGAGAUAUCACCUGGGAGUGGUCCUGGGGCGAUUCGUAAGGUGGAGCCUGUGACACAAAAAGACUCCACCUCCCUGUCUUCUGAGAGCAGCAGCAGCAGCAGUGAGAGUGAGGAGGAAGACGUGGGAGAGUACCGUCCCCACCACCGAGUGACCGAGGGCACCAUCAGGGAGGAACAGGAGUAUGAAGAAGAGGUGGAGGAAGAACCCCGCCUGGCAGCCAAGGUAGUAGAGAGGGAGGAAGCAGUGCCCGAAGCCAGCCCAGUCACACAAGCAGGUGCCAGUGUAAUCACAGUAGAAACAGUGAUCCAGGAAAAUGUAGGUGCCCAAAAGAUACCUGGAGAGAAGAGUGUACACGAAGGCGCUCUUAAGCAAGACAUGGGAGAAGAAGCAGAGGAAGAGCCACAGAAAGUUAACGGAGAGGUGUCCCAUGUUGACAUUGAUGUUUUGCCACAAAUUAUUUGUUGUUCAGAGCCACCAGUGGUAAAAACAGAGAUGGUAACAAUUUCUGAUGCCUCACAAAGGACAGAAAUCUCCACCAAGGAAGUCCCCAUUGUCCAAACUGAGACCAAAACCAUCACAUAUGAGUCUCCACAGAUUGAUGGCGGGGCUGGUGGUGAUUCGGGCACGUUACUGACUGCACAAACCAUCACAUCUGAGUCUGUGUCAACAACGACAACCACACACAUCACCAAGACUGUAAAAGGUGGAAUUUCUGAAACAAGAAUUGAGAAACGCAUUGUGAUCACAGGAGAUGGAGAUAUUGAUCAUGACCAGGUAAAUAAGUUAAGUUCUAGUUCUGGAAAUGAUCAUGUUUGUUUUCUAAGUUUCACAUUUGUCAUCAUGUCGCAUACCUGUGUAAACCUCAUCUCCCCAAACUUCCUGGAUGAAGUCCGCCUCCUAAGCAGGAUAUAAAGACACAGCCUGGAUACAAGCUUUCCUACCUCUGAAUCAGCAUAAAACACGGAUUUCUCUUUAUUUCCCACUGGCUUUACAUGCACUUUUGGAUCAACGUAAUCUGGAGGAUUUCUGGAAAACAUUAGAUUCAUGUGGGCCUGGUUUAAAGGCAAGUGAUCAAAUAUUUAAAAAUGAAUAGCAGUUCAAUGCACCAGUUUCCAAAAAAUGAAGAAAGCCACUAAGCUUGACCUAUGCCUACUUUUAGGAACUUUUCAAGUAUAUUUAUGGCAUUAGAAAAGUUGAGCUAUUUACUUCCAGGUGUUUUCUCCUAUUGUGAUUAUUGGGGGAGGGGAGGUAAUACAAGGUUUCUUACAAAGUGAAAAUUUACAUUGAUUCUGAAAAUUUUUUAAGAGAAUCAUGCCUCCAUUCUAAUGUUAAAUUUGGCAGCAUUCAUGGCUUUGAGCAGGUGAUGAAUGGAACUGCUGGAGACUUUGAGAGCAGUUUUAAUUUUAGACUGCAGUCCCAAGUGAUGCUGACAAUUUUUUUAAAAGUGAUUUUAACUCAGCUUUAAAGGAGACCAAGCUGUUUUCCUUUUAUAACAACUUGAAGAAAAGGAAAAUAAAUAUUCAAUUGACUAUCUCAGCUGGGGAGUAGGAGCUAACGAUAGUUACACAGCUUUGGACACAAUACUGAGCUCAGGAAAGGAAAUUUUAGAGAACACAAUUCCUCAUUUGAGAAAGGCUGCCCAUAUGUGAUCAGAGAUAAAUGGAUUUUUUCAUGCCUAAGAAGAAAAUUACUCCAAAUUUUUUUUGACCUUUGUAAGCACGAUUUGACUUACAUAUUCGUAAUGUACUUUUAAAAUUUUCUUAAGAGUUAUUAGAGGUUAAAAGGUUGCCUUGACUGGAUUUUGACACAGGACUGGAGAUUCCUAGAGAACAUUAGUACACUUGUCUGCUUACCACGGGAAAAUGAGUGACUUAUGUGGAAACAAGCCUCCAGAUUUCCAGAGGGGAUUUAUUCUACUAUCCACUGGAACAGUCUUGAGUUUCGCGUGAGAAAUUGGAGCAAACCUGCUUCUUUCUCUCUGGGACUCUUCUCAAUAAGCACUCGUUGAAUUCCUAGAAUAUGUGAGGCACAAGCUCACAUUUUUUGGCAUGGUGGAAAGUGAAAACUAGGGUCUUCUCCCAGCCAUUGUUUCUACUACCUGCCUCUCCCCAUUGAACCUAGUUCCUUUAUACACUAAAAUGCCACCUUUCCAGUACUCGGGUUUUACUUAUGUGUAUUGUUUUGCCUUUUAUAACAAAAGGCAAAAAUUUUGUUAUAAAAGGCAAAAGAAUAUUUUGGCCUGUUUUACCCCAAAAUUCAAAUCUAGAUAGUACUGCUUCUGAAAGGCAAAUAUUAAAAACACAAUCUGAAAUACAAGUGCCAAAAUAACAUAUACACCUGACUCAAAAAAUCACGAUGACCCUGCAGCCUUAACUGCUGCUGUUGCAAGGACAGGAAUCUCCUUUUUUGUAUAUGAUGUCAUGUUUCAGCCCUUUCUAAAACUGAGGUCAGAUAGCCAAAUGAAGAGAACAGAGAUUUUGCCUUUUUAUGUUUGUGAGGUAGCAUAAACUUUUUUUUUUUUUUUGGAGAUGGAGUGUCUCCCUCUGAUGCCCAGACUGGAGUGCAGUGGCACGAUCUGGGCUCACUGCAACCUCUGCCUCCUGGGUUCAAGCGAUUCUCCUGCCUCAGCCUCCUAAGUAGCUGGGACUAUAGGCUUCCGCCACCACACCCGGCUAGUUUUUCUAUUUUUAAUAGACAUGGGGUUUCACCAUGUUAGCCAGGCUGGUCUCGAACUCCUGACCUCAGGUGAUCCACCCGCCUCAGCCUCCCAAAGUGCUGGGAUUACAGGCGUGAGCUACCACACCUGGCCAACAUUUUUGAGUAAAUGUGAUUGUGGCUUUCGGUCUGCUUGUCACCAGAAGCUGUUGGGGGUUCACGUUCUCCUUUGAGCCUGUAAUGAGAUGACAGAGCUACUUAAAAUUAAAUGAUGCAAUCGCUUUCCUAUCAAAAUCCGAUGUUGAUCAUAUAGUGACCUUCAUAACGUUGACAUUUUUUUCAGUUCCUUGCCUACAUUAAAAGGAAUCUUAAGGCUGGGCGCGGUGGCUCACGCCUGUAAUCUCAGCACUUUGGGAGGCUGAGGUGGGCGGAUCACGAGGUCAGGAGAUGGAGACCAUCCUGGCUAACACAGUGAAACCCUGUCUCUACUGUACAAAAAAUUAGCCUGGCAUGGUGGCGGGCACCUGUAGUCGCAGCUACUUGGGAGGCUGAGGCAGGAGAAUGGCGUGAACCUGGGAGGCAGAGCUUACAGUGAGCGGAGAUGGCACCACUGCACUCCAGCCUUGGCGACAGAGCAAGAUUCCAUCUCAAAAUUAAAAAAUAAAAUAAAAAAGGCAUCUUAAAAUGGAAGGACACUUUCACUGGGCCAGACAGAAAAUAAGAAGUCUUUUUUGUGUUGGCAAAUCAAAGAGGCAUGCUUUUACAGAAACUUGCUUUGCAGAUUCUUCACCCUGUGCUGGUCACGAUACUUUCAGCUCCAUACCAAGGAGGGGUAAAAUACACUGCAGUUUCUCUUCAGAGUGUAUUUCUUUCUAAGAAAUAAUUGCUCAGUUUGGCAGUAAGAUGUGAUGUUUUCUCAUAAUGCUUAUUAUUGCCAUAAUAAAUUAACAUUUUACAGUAUUUAAUUUUGCAUGCUGAUAUUAUGGAAUGAAAGGAGUUUUAACAAACUGAUUUUGAAUGUGUUUCAAGAUGACUGUAGCAGUUUUUGCUUUUCCCAACCUUUCUGUGAAUUAGAGUGUAUUUCAUAUGUGUUGCCUUCCCUUGGGCAUCAUCUACAUUUUCUCUUUAACAAUUGCCCUGGUUUAUCGUAGGCAGAUCUUUGUAGAUCAAAUACUCAAAGUAUUUGAUCAUUUGUCUGUAGCUACAUUUGGCUCCCAUCAGAGCUUGUCCUUGUCUUUGACUUUUCCCAGUGUGGACUGCACAAACCAGCAUGUGGUAAAUGGCUUGGAUCAUUCCAAUCUCCUUCCCUCUGAAGACACGCACACACACAAUGUAAAACUGCACCCCUGUGCUUCCUCUCCCUUCCCUAUUCCCGUUCCAGUCAACACGCUGAAAAGCUUCUCUGCCCUUCCCUGGAACCAGAUACCUGCUCCCACUCCUGCUCCACGCUAGCCCUCCAGCCAUUCACUCUCCCCCCUUGACAAACACUUCUGCUACUGCCCAGAUUGGAGUCUAGUUCCAUGUCUUAUUUCUCUAUUGUCCCAACACAGGUCACUCAAAAGAGUUUGUUCCCUGGUGGAAAUUUAAGCACCCUCAAAUGUCUUCCAAGUUUCUGUGCAAAAAAUUUUUGGUAUAAAAAUGAUGUCUUUUUUUUUUUUUUGGUAGCUUUACCUUUUUUUAAAUGAAACGAGGCUUAGGGUUUCUGCUUAGUAUCCUUACAGCUGACAGAAACUAUCAUGCAAACAAGAAAUGCAGUUGUCCCCUUAGGCAGCUGACAGCAAAAGAAAAAAUUGCAUGGCUUUAUUUCAAAUGCAGUUUCCUUAUGAGAUAUGGUAUUCUCUGUCCUAGUAAAAUUUUCUCUUUGUUUCAGCAUUCUUUCCUAGACUUUUUUUUUUUUUGGGACAAAGUCUCACUCUGUUGCCCAGGCUGGAGUGCAGUGGUGCAGUCUUGGCUCACUGCAGCCUCCACUUCCUGGUUCAGGCAAUUCUCCUGCCUCAGCCACCUAAGUAGCUGGGAUUACAGGCAUGUGACAGCCAAGCCUGGUGUUUUUAGUAGAGACUGGGUUUCACCAUGUUGGCCAGGCUGGUUUCGAACUCCUGUCCUCAAGUGAUCGCCCGCCUCGGCGUCCCAAAGUGCUGGGAUUACAGGCCUGAGCCACCACGCCUGGGCUUUAGAAUUCUCUCCUAGACUUCGAGGGUUGUUCUCUGGUGUUUUGUUUUCUCACCCAUACUUUAAAAACAAAAUGAGGAAUAAUUAAGCCAUUUUCCUCCUCUGAAAAAUAGGAUCUUUCCAUUGUGCCGCAGCACUCUUACAGUUUACUUUCUGAUAAAACACAGAGAAACUUUGCUUUUGUACCACGUGGUCCAAAGAAGGACCAUGAACCACUGGAGUCAGCCCUCUGGGUCCUCCCUGCUCCUAUCCGGCUGCUCACAGGCUGGAUGGCCUUGAGAAAGACUCAUUAAUCUUUGUGCCUGCAGUUUUGUCAACUGUCAAAUAGGGACCUGUAUUUUAUAACCUGAAGAUUAGUCAGUCUCUGUUCUUUAGCUUUACUAAUUGUAUGUUGUUGCUACUUCUCUUUAGUUCUGUGUCUUAGAGGUUUGUAGACAUCUUUCCUGCCGUCUUUUAGUUCAGCAAACAUUUUAGUUCCAACAAUUACUGAGAGCCUAAGAGGAUAAAGAUGAGCAAGGCCUGGUCCUAUGCCUUGCAGUUUCAGGCAAUUGGGUGAUAGCUAGUAUCACCUGAAUGUCUAGAUCAGGCACUAUGCUGGCUGCUUUACAGCAUUACUUAAGUUCAUACAGAAAACCUUAAAAUGAUCGUUACAACUCAGCAUUGGUCUCGGGUUACAGGUAAGAAUGCUAAGCUCCAAAGAACUGUUUUCUCCAAAUCUCACAGUGAGUAUAAUAAGCCUGGGAUUCAAAGCCAACAUGUUUCCUCCACGUGUCAUUAUUCGAAAGUGGACUGAAGGAUUGGGAGAUUUAGGAAAUGAGAAGCAGUCUGUAAAAUGACAGUGAACCCAUUUCAAAUCUUCCUGCUUUCUCAAAUAAAGAAGUGAGUGCCUCUUGGCUUGAGGUUGGGUCCGAGAUGAUCAGUGUGCGUGUGUUUUUUUGCCAUUGUGACGUGGAGGCUGUUCCCCAGCUCACAGCCGUUCUCUGUCCUGACC